CGACUGAAAAACUAUUGUCAAGUUGCAAGUUAUCUGGUGGGGAUUAUUAGUGAACAAGACUUUUAAAAUAAAGUGCAAUAAAAAUGGAUGAGGAUGAUCAUGAUGAACUAUUGCAAUGCUCUGAUGAGGAGUCAAUGUCUGAAAGUGGUGAUGAUCAGUGCAUACCAAUUGAUAAACCUGAGAAUGUGCAAGUGCAGACAAGCAUUUACACAUUGCACACCAAAACUGAGUUUAUCCUCAUCAAGUUUACACUGAUAUUAACAGCCACAGCUUUAUUGAUUCUAUUGCCAUUGUUUCAAGAGUCCAUCAAUAUUAAAGGGAGUGCUUUCUUGAUCUUGAACUUUACUUCAAUUUUUGUCAUGCUUAUUUUGCUGGUUAUCACAAUUCUCUGUAGGAGAUUCUGCAAAGAUUUUGAGUCCAUUAAUGUAGCUAAGACUCCUUUGAAAGUGAGAGAGCUUGUGGCAACAAGCCUGAUUUAUGUUUCCAGUGGAUUCAUAAUUAUAUAUGCUGUGGAUAGGAAGAAGGUGAUGUGCCAUUUGCAAGAUCCCAUUAAGGGACUUGUUUUGGUCUUCUCUUUGAUUUACUACUUUUUCUUCUGCAAGAAAUUGAUGGGUUUGCAACGCAUUUUCUCUACCACCACUAUAAUAGUUGGGCUUUUCAUCUCCGUUGAUUAUGGCUUGUGUGAUGAGUUUAGAUGUAGAGGCAAUGAUAGGGAGCACAAGUCAGAUGAUGCAGGCUUUUGGAAGUGGCAAAUCCACUCCAUAUGGGCAGGGAUUUACAUCGUCGGAUUGGCUCUGUUCUCCGCUUUCUACAUGCUUCUGGAUAGAUACCUAAUCUGCUCAGCUAUUGUGUCACCUUAUGCGAGUCUUUCAUCGCAACUACUAACGACAGUAUCGAGAUUGGUUUCGUUUCAGAGUGUAAACACGAUUCCGCUUUCCUCUCAGACGAGGUCUUUGACGACAACUCGAAUGAAUAGAAAGGUUUACUCAGCUGUGCACCUCUCGUUUUGGUUACAUGGUUUCACUUUCGCCUUCACCGUCUUAUUUUUCUGGAUUGACAUGUUACCUAAUGUCGGAAAGAGUGAUAACAUAGUGGACUUCCUCAUUCACACCAACAACGGUUUAAAAUGCAUCUUCAAUCCGAACUUGAACCACACAAGUGAUUGUGGAAACACCUCCCUCUACGCUUGGCUAUUCCUAUUAGCCUAUUUGGGAUAUUUCUUGUCCUCAAUAAGGUUCCUCAUAUUGUCUCAAAGCGCUGUUUACACAAUAGCCACCACUUCAGUAGCUUUGCCGAUGGUCGGUAUCUGGUGGUCGUUGUUCAAGAUGUGCACAGUUAAGAAAGGUCUGCUCAUUUGGGCGCCGACCCUUUCGGGAGAGCUGAUCUGCGCCCUACUCGGAUUACCGAUAGUCUUGAUCGGAUUGGCGCUCCUAUGCAAAUCUCACUUCAAGGAUUGCCACUUAUCGCGCAUCAGCAGCAGCACUUGCUCCGUUUCCACCGCUCACCUAGCUUGAAUCUCUACUUAAUCUCUUCUCUUGACAAACAACGUGACUUCCAUAUUGAUGCCAACCUUUAAUUUAUUACUUCUUACUAUUAUUGAGGAUUAUCUAAGAUAUGAUUAUUCGUAGGUUAAUCAAAAAAUUAACUUAAUGUAAAAGCGCUGUGCUUGUUCGUUCUCUUGCUCAUGUAAAACAGAAUCGGGAAUACUGUGUUCCGUCGGUAUAUAUUUUUUUAUGUUACAGGAAGACUGAAAUUUUGUGCCAAAAGUAAUCAAAAUAUUAUAAAAAAAAAAGAAGUAAGAAUAUAUGAACUACACUCGAAUGUGUGUCAAUUAGGUUUCGUGUCUCUUUGGGAAUCGUGACCUGCGGGAAUUUGGAAGUUAACAAACAUCAAAUCGGGUUUCUCUCAUCAAAGCAAGCAGAAAUGAGAAUUUGUUUUUCUUUCAGCAUAAAAUGUAUAUACGUUUAGCAGAAUGUCGGAUGUGCGAGAUGCCUAAGUUUUCGUUCCUAGCCCGUCCAGGUCGUAGAUAUAUUUUUCUGUGCGCGGAUUGUAUUUUGUCUAAGGUAUAUACAUUACAUAUGGUACAAAUGUUGGUUACAUAUUGCGGACGCACGUAAAUAAUUGUUGAAUAAUUGAUAUAAAUGUAUUUAUUUAUAUAUAUAUACUUCAAGAGGAAAGAUGACGCAAAGCAAGCAAACACGUGAGUUGCAAGUCGAAGUGAGAAAAUUUAAAAAUAAAAAAUCAAUAAUUGUUUCUAGUCAUGAAUCUGUAGAGGAAUAUCUGAAAGCUCGGUUUACCCGUUGCAGAAACAAUAUUUACAUUUUGGAUGUGCUAAAUGUUGUAACGCGUAAACUAAACUCGAAGAUACGAUUUGCAAUUCGCUUCUAAUUUUAGUAUUUGUGUAGUCAAUAGUUUUUAACAACCCUGAUCUUAUCCAUACGGUAAAUUUGCAAUGGAAAAAAAAAAUGAAAUCAAAAAGGUAUUUUUAUUUAUUAUCUUUUUACAAAGA